CAGUUAAUUUCUGCCGCCAUUUUGUUUAUGUUUAACAGACUGUGAUAAAUGCAGUUAUGAAAAGCCUGUUUGUUGCUCUGUUGUUCAUUUUUGAGCCAAAAUGAGUAAAUCAUGAGAGUAAAAAUGAGAUAAAAUAAGAUUAAUGUUCAUUUUCUUUUUAACUAUCAGAGUGAUACAUCCAAACUGAGGCGUAAUAAGGGUUCAGAUCACUAAUGAGUCCAUCUGAGACACACAUCUGGUGACAUUAUGGGGAUAUUAUUCAGAUGUGGGUGUGUGUUAGUGUGUGUGAGUGAGUCUGUGUGUGUGUGUGUGUGUGUGUGUGUUUGUGCUAAUUAUCCGCCCACCCUGUGUAAUAAUCAACUAAUCGCUAGUGAGCUGUGCUUCACGUGCACGGCGGAGGCAGGAGGACGGUGUGUGUGUGUGUGUGUGUGUGUGUGUGUGUGUGUGUGUGUGUGUGUGUGUGUGUGUGUGUGAGAGAGAGAGAGAGUGUGUGUGAUUGUGUGUGUGUGCGCGCGUCGGUGUCCGCCCCUCUGCUCUCUGAGAGGUAAAGAGUUAACGGAGGGAGCGGUGGGUUUGCCCAUUCUCCUGCUGUGAGUGACGCGAUCAUCUCUCUUAUCCUCAACUUUGCCUGUUACCAGAGCAGAGCCGAGCCGGACGCUGCUGACACUCUGAAGGCGAUCUCACCAAAACAAGCCCUCAGCUCCCUCACAUUUCAGCCUUCACCCACACUCCGGUGACUUUUCCACGGGCUGUGAACCCGGCAGCAUGAUUUUUACUCCUUCUUCCCACCGGACUCCCCGAUGUUGUGCCGUUUACUCCACGAAGGCGUGAAUCUUUCUGAGGAGAGGUGGAUCUUCCCGGAUACGGCGCGGGGGGAUAUCAAAUAAAAAAAGAAGACUUUCGCGGAAAUCCCCACGAAUAAAAAUGCCGAGGAGGAAACAAGAAGCGCCGAAGCGCGCAGCAGGUACGUGUAUCCAACGCUACUGUGCGUAAAAAUCUCAUUUAGUGUCCUCAAACUGCGGAUGUUACCUUUGCUUUGUAAAGCUCACUUUACAGUCACCGCAUUUCCGUUUCCACUCCGUGUUGUCUGCUCUGUAACGAUGCGCUUUGUCACCCACUGCCACUCUAAGAGAGCUCAUGGAAAAGUGUUGUCUUUGUCAGACACAUGUAGCGUACAGUUCGGGUCCAACACUGUCAGGAUCUGCGGUUUCGCUUUCCACGCUGUGCGGCUCCUCCGGUCCCAUCGUAUGAGUUCACAGCUCCAAACUUUUGCUUCCAUAUCCUCUGAGGUUCGAUUCCCGGACACUUUCCCCAAACCUGACCGUAAAUCUGUGAGAGUAAAUAAGCUGUGCUGUGAUGGUGCUGAGUGCCUGAGGCGUGCCAAAAGGGGGGAUACAAGGGGUUUGUGCGCAUUUGAACCGAGCGCAUAACUUCUUUGCACAUGUUUGGGGGGAAAAAGCCCCUACGUCCGAGCUUUUCUCCUUUUUCUUGGGAUAAGAUAAACAAUUUGAGUGCAGACAAUAGGGUUUCGUGGGCUGGAAGGAGCCAUAAUCGACAGUUGCCAUGUCUGAUUUGACGGUUGAUUGAUUGGCUGUCAUGCGGCUUUGAUCUGAUCCUUCCCGAUUUGCAUCAGAAAAUCACUUCCCACCAUGUGCUGCAGGCCCCUGACGUCACGUUUAAACCACUUUGAAAGGCCCUGUGUACUUUUUACCUCUCUUUCCCUCUCUCUCUCUCUCUCUCUCUCUGUGUGAUGGUCAACUGACUCACUAAAAAGUAAAGGAAGGGGGGACAAAGUGGUCUCAACAUGCGCACACACACUUUCAGCAGAGCACAUCACACACUCUCUCAUGUGCACAUGCUCACUUUGAAUACACACACACACACACAUACACAGUGAGAGUGGGCAGAGGAGGCGGGAGGAGUGGGUUAGAGGUUGUAAAAGGAGCCGUGUGCUAUGUAAUGGAGGGGAGGAAUGGGUUUGCUCUGUCAGACCGGGCCGUCACAACGGCUUUGUUUCAUGUUUGAUUUAAUUGUCUCUCCCCUGACAGGCCCAUUCAUCAAUGGCUUUAAUGGUCAAUCAGAGACAGGCUGAGUGAGUGCUCCCAUUCUGUUUAGCCAUAAGCUGGCCUGGGCUUUUAUUUCAUCAAAAUGCCCCAGCCUAAUGUACAUGCUCACUGGCUCAGAGUGGCCGCGGGGAGCACAUAAAGAAUGACUGAAAGCUUUCUGAUUUCAGAUCAGUGAGAAGGAUGUUUUUUUCCUCUCCUCCUCCCUCCUCUCUCCUCCUCUCUCCUCCUCUCCCCUCUGUCAUUGCUGUUUCUCUGUUGACGAAAGCGAAUAAAGGCUGUAAUGUGGAUCGUUUAGUGUUUUUAGAAAACAACUUUUUCUCCCUGAAACCACGCUCCUUUGUUCAUUCAUUCAUCUCUUCAUUUCUUCGUUUUUUCAUGCUCCCCUUCCACCCCUGUCAGUCAGCCCGUGCAGCUGCAAGUUAUAAAGUUGUCAACUGUUCAGUGGCACACAAAGGGUGAUGAUGAAUUGAUUGCAGCACAGAGCAUGGUGAUAGAGAGAGCAAAGAAAAGGAUGACAGAUGAUGGGCCUUGAUUAGGGACUUAGGGGGAGAGUCAGCCCACUGCAACCUUGAGACUUGCAUGAAAAAUCCCCCUCCUGCCCCCUCCACGUUCACACACACACGCACACCCCUCUCUGCUCUCUCAUUGUCUCUCCACCCCUCUCUCUCUCUCUUUCUCUCUUUCUCUCUCUCCUUCCUUCCUCUGUCUGAGAGGGUUUCUCUCUCCACAGUAGAAAACUUGUUUUGCCUGCUUCAUUAGCGUUGCUCCAAUUAGCCGUGAGGCUGAUGGAGUCCUGACAGGCCCUGUGAUUGGAGAUGACAAGCUCGGGGUGCCCAGCCCAAUGAGGUUUGCCACCACUUUGAUGUAAUCAACUUGAUAUUACACAGAGCCGCUCGCCUUUGGUUGUGCUGUAACUCAAUUUUCCGCUGCAGGUGACAAAUGGGCCUGCCUACCUGGGUCAGGUCUGAGUGCUCUUAACAACUGAGGGCAGCUGGCCACGUAAACAGCCGGCAAACACCAGAAAGAGACUCUCCCAGCUGUGGUAAUACAGACCCGCUUCCUCUGUGGUCGCUGGCUACCCCAGCCACAAACCAGAAGCUUGAAGCUGCCGAGAUGGCCGCAUUAAGACGAAAUACUCCAAACAGGGAGUCGACGGUUUGACAUCCAAUGCUUCAACAACCCUAUAAGAGACAGGAUGCAUGAUAGAAAAUGUUGAUAGUGUUUAUGUUCAAUUGGAAAUCGUGCAAAACCAGAUGUUCAAACUGAAAUAGUUUAUAGUUUUAUAUAUAUAAAAAAAUCUGUGCUCAUUUUAACUUUGAGGUCAGCAACAAUUUUCAAAAAAGGUGUUAGGGCUGGAGGGUUAGGGGUUUCCAGCUGAUGAGGUUGAUUUACAACAAUUGAGUAAUAAGACUGAGUGUAAAAAGGACAUUCAGAGAGCCUGGAUGGUCCUGAUCUUCAGACCCUGAAGCAGCUCUGCAUUAAAAACAGACAGGGCUCUGGAGUGGAAAUCACUCCAUGGGCUCAAAAUCACUUCAAAAAACAAAAAAGUUCAUCACUGCAAAUGAGGUUCAAACUGAACCAUGAAAAGAGGAAACCAGACUUUUAUAGUCUUUUUGGAAAUCAUGACAGUAUGGGGAUCAUCAGAGUCCAUGUCAUGGGUAUCUUCCACAUCUGUGAAGGCUUCAUUAAUGCUGAACAAUAUCUACAGGUUUAGGAGCCACAUCUGCUGACAUCCAGACAAAGACGUUUUCAGGGAAGACCUUCAUAUUUCAGCAAGACAAUGACAAACCACAUUCUGACAACAUAACAACAGCAUGGCUCUGUAGUAGAAGAGUCCUGCUGAGAAACUGGUCUGCCUGCAGUCCUGACUUGUCCCCCAUUGAAAACAUUUGGAGCAUCAUGACACCAAAAAAUAGGACAAAGGAGACUCUGAACUGUUGAGCAUCUUUUUCACAAAAGCGUCAGGGUUCAUCAAAAUUUCACAAGUUUGCUUUGAACUUUUUUAAAUUAAAACAAGGCUCUAAACCAUCAAAUCUGUCUUAAUCACAUUUUAAGAAUCCUCCCAGACAUUUUUCUUAAGGAUUGUAGGUUUUUAAGAAUCUCUUAUAUGCCCCCGUCUGCAGAAAUUUGUUGUCAUGUUUGUGUUGUUCAGGGUGUUGUAUAUGUAAGCUCACUUCCAGGCCUCCCUGUUUCCUGUCGUAACCUUGUGAGUGUGUUGUGACUGUGACUGUGUGUGUGUGUGUGUGUGUGUGUGUGUGUGUGUGUGUGUGUGUGUGUGUGUGUGUGUGUGUGUGUGUGUGUGUGUGUGUGUGUUGUAAAAGAGAGGAGCUGGACGCAGGAGCAGAGCGGUUAAAGGAGUCUGAUUUGGACUGGACUCCACAGCAACAGUCUCCUCUUUCUGCAGGCUCAGGAUUGAAGCUGCCAGACUGGCAGCCAUCACUCACGUCUAUCACUAAGAGUGUGUGUCUGUGUGUGUUUGUGUGCUUAAUUCAGUGGGUAUGCACUUUCUGAUUUGCACAGAUAGUGUGUGUGUGUGUAUGUGUGUAUGUGCACUUUGGCUUAAGAUAGUGAUGACAAGAUCUGUAACCGUAGACCACCUGCACGGGGUCAGGUCGUAAUUCUCUGAACUCUUUUGGCCUUCUUCGUUACUCUGCGUCGUCUUUUCCCUCCACUCAGAGUCUACAGGUCAUCCUCACCACGUAAUCAAACUUAGAAACACUUCAUCACAGUAUAUAAAUGUGCUGUGAUGACUUCAGGUCUGAGCAUUUACAGCACACGUUGCAGAUACAUGUACACACAUUAGGGGUGGGCAGAGUACUGGACAGUUGUAGCACAGAGCUUUAACCCAGAAAUGAUGUAUUUCUUUAGUGCUACAUAUUCUAGCAGGAUCUGGUUAGAUUUGUAAUGAAUAAAUCUUAAAGCUACUGUUUACAACCAUUAUUUAAUCAUUUACAUGUUACCCUUUUCACUGGUGCACCGGUAUAAUCAGAUCUGUAGUUUCCCUUAUUUUGUAGGUUAAGGCUCCUGUAAGGAACUUUUAUUUAGUGCCGUACCAAGCAUGUGUUUUCAGCUUUGUUUACCAAUAAAUGAAUCUAUUAUUCUUUGUUUAUGAAAAGGAGACUACACGUAAAUCCACAUUCAACAAAUGCCACAUUAUAACGCAGAUGUAAAUGCACCCAAGUUAACAAAAAGGCUGCAUUUUUAAUCGUGUGUACUUGAAGUAAAACAACAGCAAUAAAUGUACCAUAAACGUUGCAUGGCGAGCACUCCUUUCUUUGGCCUGAUCGUGCUUGUUGUAUUAAUCUGCAGGACUCUGCUGCUGUUUGCACCGAUAGAACACACAUGGAGGCUGCUCGCAGAUAAACAUUAGCAUCGUCGUUUUUAAAGCUACAGUGAGGAACUUUUAGUUGAGUUGUUUUUGGUGACCCCAGUGGGUGAGUUAAUGGUUUAAAAAUGAUAUUUAAAAGUUGUGUUUUAACUAAAAAGCUCAUCCUGCUCUCGUCUAUAAGUUCUUACCAAUUUUGUCUUAAAAAUCAGAAAGCUUCCCUUUGUCCCUGCACACAUCACCUAUACCCCCCAACAGCAGAUGUAGGUACAAAACAAUAAUUGUGUCGUCAUUGUCCAUCGUUUUGUAGAAAGCGAUGCCUCUGCAUUAAUUUCAACCAGUUUAGUAGCCAGCUAAAAAUUCCUCACAAGGGCUUAAAGUAAAAUGAUGCAAACUAAAAAAAAUCCCCUCAUAUAUGUUUAUAUUUAUCCCUUUUUCCAGGUUGUUUGGAAGUAUUCAAAAGUUUUUAAAUCCAAUGAAUACUUGUGAUGCAGAUGUUGUCAAAUAAUGAAUUAAAAUAACCAUGCAGCUUUACCAUGAUGUGAAUUUUGGGUCAUAUCUCCCACCCCUGGUUCACACAUAUUGUUGUAAAGGCAGCGAGUAGAGGCUGUUUUUAUGUCUGUCUGCUUCCUGUUGUUUAUGUGAGAAAAGCUUGUCCUCAUGAAAGCAACAGGGAGCGAUUUGGGACUUAAUUGUUGAACCGACAGACAGACUGACAGCAUUAGCGAGCUUUAACAAUAAUACGCCUCUGCCCGCGUUGUUUGCAGGUGUGAGCGGCAAAUGUUUUGGCCUUGCAGCUCGGUUGCUAAUGAAAGUCCUGUUGCUGGAUUCCGGUGAGGUUGAGUCACGUCUGUGAUCUAUGUGUCUGAUAAGUGCAUACCUAAUGAGGCUGUGAGGAGGAGGGAGAGAAGGGGGGUUGGGGGGGCUGACGGAGUGUUUCCCACAGGUAUUGACAGAUGCCUUUUUGUUUUUGCCAUAGGCCCUGACUCCAUAAAUCCUGCCUGUGCAAUGAUAACAGUGCCACCCUGCCAGGGAGAGAGUGAAAGAGAGAGGAAAAGAAAGAAGGCAGGGGGGGGAGGUGAUGGAGGGAGUAAGAGAGGGGGUGAGGAAAUGGGCCUUCUCCUCUUUUUAACACACACACUUGGCAGAUGUCAGGCGGUGGGGCUGGGUUGUGCUGUGGGAGAAAAAGAGGACUGUAAGUGCUGGAGUUGUGUCACAAAUAGGAAACUGUUUCCCUUUCAGCUCUUUCAGCUCUCAGGUUUUCAGCCGGGACCGCUGUCUGAGUCGCAGGCUUUGUAAAAAUAGUCCCACCGCUGUUGUGAUAGAUGCAGCUGCACUGUGGCGACAAUUGGGACAGGCUGGAUCCCUCCAGCCCCACCUCUCUCUCCCCCCUGUCUCCCACCCUUUCCCUCUCUCUCUCUGAGGUAGUGACUCCGAGGCGAGCGUCACAGCCCGCUUGGAUGUGCUCUCUUUUCGGGGAAACUGAGCCGCUCCGGUCUUCAGGGGUCCUGAAACCCAAUCCAGGAGGAGAAUAGCCUGGCCAUGCCAGAGAGCCGAUUUCCUUUUCAACAGAGUCAUUUAUCACUGACCCACCCUUCGCUUCUGACACGGUGACGUGUGUCAUUUAUCAAACAGGCUUUAGCAGACACACAGAGAGGGGAGGAGGGGGGAGGAAGAGAAAGAGAGAGUGAAAGAGGGGAAACAAGACAGAGAGAAAACAAAGAGAAAGAGAGGAAUGAGGUGGAUAGAGGGACGAGGUUUUUCCAGGGGAGACAGAGUUUUCCUGAGAGCGUCUGGGAGGAGAUUUUUUGGAGAUGACAGUGAGGAUUGAGUUACAGUGAGCUGUUUCUGAUGAGUGACAGAAUGUUCUUCCAUGACAUGUUUUCAGACGUCUGAAUGAAGAGAGAAAUACACGCUGUGUGAGAGUACGACUCUAACGUACCGCAGAGAGUAUCAGGGCAGAGAGAGAGAGAGACAGAGAGCAAGAGGAAAAUUUACUUUUCAUCGUCCACUUCGAGGGAGAGAGCUGAAAAUUUAAGAUUGAAGUCGAAAAAAAAUCACAAUGCGCUGAAUAAAGUAAAAAAAAAGCAGUUUUAGGCACAGGCCCUUUGUAUUGAGUUUGUGGCUAAAACUGCCGAAACUGAAAUCUGAGAGUUUUUGUCUCAUUUCUGAUAAAAAAAAAACAUCUCAUUCGGUGAAUUUGAACCACAUUCAUUGGACAAGUCCUGAAAGAUGUCAUGAUGUUACAGGCCUAAAACAAGAACCAGGAUUACGAGAAAAGUUUGUAAUAGGAAAAUAAAGUCUGCCAAUCGACUAAAAGCCUGUUUACUAAUCAAGUUCUUUCUGUAAGACAUUUUCCACAGCAGAGUGUCAGGGCCACCACAAAGAAAUGCCUUUUCUUUCUCAAGAAAAUAAAGUUGUUUUGUUGCAGGAAUGAGGCUAUCAUCUAAUGAGACUACAGUGGUUGUAAAAUGAUAAUAUUAUGAGAUUCAAGUCCCUCUGUCACAGGAAUGUAGUCCUAAUCUAACAAUAACUAAUAAUAACUAGAGCUGUACAAUUUUACAAGAAAAGAGUCGUAGCCGAGUCAGUAUAUCACAAGAAUGAAGUUUUUCUGUUACUAAUAAAGCCGUAAGAAAAUAAACUUCUAAUGUCAUGAGAAUAAAGUCAUUGUGAAGUUGUAAUGAUAUUUGAAUAAAGCUUUUUAGAUAAUGAAGUCAUUUUUGUCACAAAAAUAAAGAGGAUAAGAUGGUAAGAGAAUAAAGUCAUAACCUGUCUAGGAUAAAGUUGGGCUAAGGUCAUAAUGUUGGAGAGUCAGGUCCUGAUGUUACUUGAAAAAAGUCAUGAAAAAGAAGUUAAUGGUUGACUAGAUCACCAACUUAAUUCUCAUUACAUUUGGAUUUUUCUCUUGAAAUCUUAUUUCCUUUUCUCAAUGUGUCUCUAAACUCUCAUAAUUUUCACAUUCAAAAAAACGUGUAAUUUUUGUCUCAGCAGAUUUAUUUUUUUUAUUAGUAAAUUAGAUUCAGUUCUUAUUUUCUGCGGUAAUAUCUUGAAAGAAGACAUAUUUCUGCACUCGUUGGGUCAGUGUGUCUGAAAUUAACUCUGAUGAGACAUUUUGAAAAGAAAUAAGGCAAAAACACUUACUCAGAUUUUAUUUCUUUACAGUGUUUUCACAGCGGUUGCGGGUUUGACUCCCGAUCACGAAGAUUAGCUGCAUGUCAUUGUUCUCUCUUUGCUCCUUAUGUUUCCUGCUAUUUUCUGCAUUAUCAAACUCAGGGUUCCUACGCAGUUGGAAUUUCCAUACUUUUCCAUUCCCUAAUUAUUUUUGGAAAUACCUACUUUUCUGUUUUAGGACACAGUAUUCUAGAACUGUGGUAAUAGUCUGGAAUCAUAAAUAUUUUCCCAUACUUUAUUUUUCAUUUCCCAUACUUUUUAAGACCUGGAAAUUGAUCAAAUUUAUUUCUGUACUUUUCCAUAUUUGCGUAGGAACCCUGAACUAUGCUUUUAUUUUGAAGUUUACGCUACUUCCAGAAGAUUAUAAGUUACUGAGCUGAAUGGAAACACUUACGUUUGAAAGAAUAAAUGUUUAAUUGAUCGGUAACUUCAAGUGACACAAGCUCUAACGUUGUUUUCGAUUCAUAAUAAAUCAGAAGUUCAAAGAGUCUCUCAGAGUGGUGCUACAGCUAGCUCGCUCUCAAGCAGCUGCUGCUUCUUUAUCUGUGUUUUAUGACCUGUGUUUUCAGUACAGGUGUAUUGCAGCAGCCCUAAAUCUGUUAUUGACCGUCACAUGGGAGCACAAAAGCUCGGAUCGUUACACUGUUGACGACAUAAAGAUAUAAUUUUAUUCAUUAGAGAAAGCAUGACCGCAAAAAAGAAGCCCUACAUCAUGAUAAAAUAGAAAUCUAGUUUUAUGCAUCAGUGUGACGUCUGCUCUUUGCAGCUGUAGGCUUUUUUCUCCAAAUUGACCUCUUAUUUUUUUUUUAUUUUGCAAAAUAAGAUAUAAAGAUCUUCAUCCUGCUUUAUUUCUCAUCUCUGAACCUCUGCAGACAUGUUUGCUUGUGUUAUGCUCAUGUUAUAUAAAUGCACCACAAACACACUGAAGCUCCAAAGACUCUGUGUCUGUGUGUGUGCAUGUGUGGCCAUAUGGCGUCAAUGUUUAAUGGCGUUGGAGUGUGUGUGUGUGUGUGUGUGUGUGUGUGUGUGUGUGUGUGUGUGUGUGUGUGUGUGUGUGUGUGUGUGUGUGUGUGUGUGUGCCGCUCCCUGAUGAGCAGGGCUGACAGGUAUCACUCAUGCUGCAGCCUGGCCUUUAAAUGAACCCGAGCUGCUCUGCUCUCCCGUGGCCCUAACAGGCUCUCUCCAAGAUGGAUGCUUCUUUAAAAAUCAGAUUAAUGAUGGAUACCGGGCUUAUGGUCCCAUUUAUCACGAAGAAUAUUAUUUAGGCCGGCCGUGUAUGGCUGUAACUGGAGAGCCAGGACGAGGAGAAGCAGGGUGGAAAGCCUGAGACAGACACUCACUGUGUGAUGGAUGGCUGAGCGCUCUACGAGUGUUACUAGACACCAGCGCCGCAGCAGUAGGCCAUAAUCAGAUAGCCCAGGGAUGUUUAUCCCGCAACUACACUACCCAGAUUGCCUUGCCUGGAGGGUUGCUUUAUGAAAGGUACAGUCUGUCAUUAUUAUCUUUAAAAAGUUAGCGCACAAACUCAGCACACUGAAGGCCGUGCAAUUAUCGUCUAUGAAAUGAUCUAUUGGAUUCAAUCUAACUGACGGUAAUGAUUACCUACAAGUUUCCAUUUCCCAGUUUUUCCAGAAGAUUCCUCAGGAGGAGUGAGAGCGUACAGUGAGAGGUCGAGGCGAGGCCGGCAAAGCUGCUGCUGCAGCAGAGAGAGGAGUGAAGGAAAACAGUUGUUUUGUUUCGGUUUUUGUCCUCUCCUUGCUCCCUCUCUCCUCCUCCUCCUCCUCCUCCUCCUCCUCCUACACUCUGUGAUUUAUGGAGGCCAUCCAUCUUCAGGCGGCGUCCAUCACCUCCUCGUUGCUAGGCGAUCAUGGCAGCAGCUGUGAGCUGUGAGCGUCCCAAGACCUGAUUUUAGGCCCUCAACCCCCAAAACCACCCCAGAAAACUGCAGCAAAAGCUAAGAUCAGGGUCAGAGUACCGAGUGGAGGAUUUGUGUUCUGACUCACUGAUCGUCAUUUUGGUGCCCUUAUUGUACCGUCAUUACCUGCAGGUGCAUCCAGCCUGGAGAAGUUUGAUAUUUUAUGAGUGUUCGUUAUGGGUGGGGCAAAUUUGCUCUCCAGUGCCCCCUAGUGAGCUCCAACGGUCCAGGCCCUCGCUACAGUUGCACCCAGUGAUAAAUUUGUUGUACAUAUCUGGCCUCCUGAGAGAGCUGUUAAAUGUCUUAAUGGUUUAAUCUAAUCCACUUUCAUCCUAUACGUUCAGAAAAAUGUCUGAGAAAAAUAAUCUGUUGAUAAAAGAAGUAAAACCUAAUUGUUAUGUCCUUGAUAUCAAGUUUUUGUAUUUCAAAGAACUUGAAAACUAAAUUUUGAAGUAACUCAGGUCUGAUUUCAGACUUACAGUGUUUUAAAAUGAAAUGUUUUUACAGACCUGUUGGGUAAAUUUGGCAUAAAUUCAAUCAAUACAAAAAUAUUUCUUAACAGCCAAGUCUUUAGGGCACCGAAUUAGGAGUAAAAAGAUGUGAAUGAUUUGAAUGAUCCCCUUAUUUUUAAAAUGUAUCUUAUGUCAAAUAACUAAAAGUUUAUGUAAUUUGAAAUUACUGCAUCAUACUAAUCUCAAAAACAGACGUCUACAGCUUGAUAGUGCAUGGAAGCAUUUAGGUUUCUACAGGCAUUAUUACAAGAAACAGCAAAAAUUAUUGUGUUUUUUGACCACUUACCACUUAUCAUGAAUGUUUAAGUAGAAAAUGCAAAAACAGAGCUUCUUCAUGACCUGCUUGGCUGACACCUACCGUCUCGUGUUUGUUUCAGGCCUUAAGUUACAACUUCAAAACACUGUGGUCUUGUCUCCUCUGGUAGAUCAUAAACGUAAAUAUCAUUACAAAUUUCAGUGUAAAAAAAUAUCAGAAAACUCCUCACAAAAAAAAUUGUGGAUUGGCAUGAUUGCAGUUCAGCUUUUAUUUUGAAAAGUCAAAACUCGGAGGGCGUGGCUUAAAGACAGACAGACUUAAGACAGUCUUAAAAAACAGAGUGAAACAGGCUGAUUUAAAGAGAUUUAGUCUAAUCCAGGUUAAGCAAACACUCAGCGGGAGGUGAGAGCAACAUAAACCUGUAAUUAAACUGAUGAUUGUGAACUAUUGUGUGACUCUGACCCUCUAUAAUUAGCAGAGUUUGAGCUCAGGACGUUUACAGGGCAGCUGACAGCCAUUACACUCACUCUGACUGAGUGUUCAAGUGCUCCGCUUUAAAAUACCUCAAUGCAGACUGUGCAUCUGAUCCAUGGAGAAAAGUCAGGAUUUUCAUGUUUUGUCACCAAAAUAAAAGUUUCUAAGCAGAGGUCCAAAAAUGUAAAACAGCUGGAAAAAAAAUCACGUUAAGAGUUUUUUUUAGGAUAAAAAUAAUAACUUAAAAAAAUCUGCGACUUGUGGUUAAGUGAUUGACAGAUAUCAGUGUUUUGACAGUUUGGUAGCUGAUAAAAUUAGCUUAAAAGCCGAUUUAUAACGUCGAUAUCAAGUCAAUGUUUUUUAUUUUUUAUUUUUUUUCACAUUUGAUAAAAUACAAUAAUCGAGAAAUACUGUUGAAUGAGGAAAAAGAGCUGCUGGUCUUGAAUCAACAUUUAAAAUAAAUAGUUGAAAAUUUUAAUAAAUAGAUAAAAUAAAGGACAUAAAGGGGGGGGGGGGGGGUUAUCCUUGGGGAGGUUGUUCCUGAGGGUCGAGGCUUUGACAGGAAAGGUCUGCUCACCUUUAGCCUCUAAAUUUUAAAGUUUUUUAAUCUUAUACUUUUUAUGGAGUGAAGUCUGAGUAUGUAGGGGAGUGGUCGAUCAAUUACAGUUCAUAUGUGAGAGGAUUGACCAAUAACAGAUGAAUCUAUAACAUUGAUGUGUCACUGUGAUUUCUUUUCUUUUCAGCAAAACUCAAUAGUUUGAUGGAAUAAUCAGUAAAAAUGUAAUCACAGAGGCUUUUGGAUUUCUGUGCAGCUAUCACAAAGGAUUAAUAUAUAUAUAUAUAUUAACAGGUAAAUAUUGAGGUUUUAAAUAUUGAAGUACAUUCAAAUCUGUCAGUGGAGAGGGGAAGAUUUUGGGUCCAUACUAAAACAUACUAAACAGCGUUUUUAUAUGAACCAUCACAGAAUUUAAAUAAAAACACCAGCUGAUGACUGUUUUAGAUUUCAUAUGCAGGGUGAUGAGAAAAAUGCUUUUUGAUUAGAAAAGGUAACAAUGAUAUCAGGCUGCUGAGAGUCGAUGCAGAUUAUGUUAAAAUGUCGUUAAUUAGAUUAAAAAGCAGAUUAAUUGAUCUACCUCUUCUGUGGAGUAGAAAUCAGAGUGUAAAACAAAGAGAAGCCUGGACUAAAUAAUAUAAAAUGCUUAUUUAUAAUAAAGACCCAUAAAAAAAGCAGACAGUAUGAAAUAACAAAAAAUCAAACUCAAAGAAGAUACCAAAAUAUGAGACGAGGAUUAAAAACUCUGUAUUUCCCGUCGUGUUAAUUACAUUGAAUUUUCUACGUUGGUGGUAAUUGUGUGUCUGUGUGGGUGGAAAUGGAGAGUGAGGAUAGAUUGGUAAAUCACAAAAGAGACAAACACACAUUAGAUUACGUAACAGAUGUAAAAAAAUGACAGAAGCAACAUAAUCUGCAUUAUUCUGUAUGUUUAUUUUAACAGGAGCUGUUUUAGAUUCGAUUUGCUGUCAGAGAAAGAUGUUAGUUUAUAAAGAAGAUGGUGACAUUAUGUUUUGAAAUGCCAAUAAUCAACUGACCAUCUACAAUUGUCAAAUAUUGAGAUCAAGUAAACAGACAGUAUCACAGAGCGUGUAUUAGCCACCGCUGAGUAAACAGGUGUAACAGUGUGAGAAUAUUUGUGAUCCUGUUUCAGGUUCAGUCUGCACACUGUGAUCCUGAUGAAGUUAUAGUUUAUAGUGCAGUCUCAUUUUAGAGAUUCCUCACAGAUCGAGCAAAAGUUUUCAGGUCAGCCCCGACUCUUUAUCCUCAUUCACAACACCAGGCGACCUUUUAACAGCAUUUUUGUGUGAUACCUAAACAGUGGAAGGAACAAGGAAAUAAACAGUGUGGAGCUUUGUUAGGGGUCUGCCUGAGUGCAGCUGAGAGGAACAGGGAUGAAAAGAUAGAGGAAGAGAUGUGUAAGGAUCUUAAAUGAUACAAAAGAGCCAUAGUAAGAGAGUAAAUCUUAUUAUGCAUGUUCUUAAAAGGCUUAAGUCACUUUGCAUGGACAGAACAGACAUGAAAUAAAAACAAAAGGGUAGAAAAUUAUAAAACAUUUCUCCAGGUAAGAGUCAAGAAUAUAAGUUACAUGAAAAACACGCACUAAAUUCCUCCUGAUUUUUUAAAAACCUUCACAACUCCUGCGGAGAAAAUACAAUUGGUUGCAUUGUACAUCCUGCAGAGUUUGUACUCCUGCCCUUGGUUCUGCACCUGUGGACGCUGUUUGUGUCGUCUCAUUGUUUGUUUCCAGUUUGAUUAUCGCUUAUUGUGGCUGUGUGAGGUUACAGAGUUUGGUCACAUUGUUCUCUCCUCACUUGGAGUAGUAGCAGGAGCUUCAGGUGCUUGUUGCUCGUCUCAUGUGGGAGAAACUUUAAAGGUCUGUAUGUGCAGUAAUGAUCCGAAGGUUGACUCUUUUCUGUGUUUGUCCCUUUCUCUUUUUUCCUCGCUCUUUGUUUCCCUCCUCUUCCUCUGUGCAUUGACAAGGUUCAGCCCUGAGCUUUGCCUGGGGCCAGAAUGAUCUCUCUGUUUUUCCCAUCUCCCCUAUCACACAUCCUGCACUACAAUCGGCGGACACAAUGUAUUCACGAACCCAUCAGGGGGUAGAGAACAUGCACACAAAUAAAAACUGACAAAGACAUCCACGAUGGCUGCAAACACGAGCACACGCACGAGCGCAAACCUGAAAAAGAGAAACCACCUCCUCUGCCGGGGCGUGAUGCCAGGAUUUAUUCCUGUUUCAGAUGACCACAGAUCACCUGUUGGAUAUUUUCUCGUGGGACUCUGAGCCGGCCUGUAAGGAUCAAAGGCAGAGUUAAGUUUGAUUGAGUGUGCUGCUUUGACAAAUGUGUACAACAGAAAGGCAUUUUAGGUAUGUUAGUGAUCUGCUGCUGUUUUGACAGAAUGAGGCUGUUUUGGGCUGAAUUAUUCUAAUCUAUUUAAAGAGUUCGGGGCUGCUGGGAAACUUGAGAGGGAGUGGAAGUCAGCGGUUUGAUUGAGACCGAGGUGGCUUCCCGUCCUGUAGUGUUUGGAGGCUGUUUCCUGUCAGUAAGAGCCCCCUGCUGAGGGGCUGUGUUGGUUUAAGGGCGUCAAGGUCCAGUUCAAAUACUGUACACAUGUCAAGGAGGGCCCGUCAUGCAGAGACUCACUUUAACUCUCUCCUCUCUCAGCGAUCUCCAGCUGACUUUGAAUUUUGUCUGGUGACUUCUGAUCAAAGGUCUUCACUGCUCUGUCAAAGCUUUUUUCCUCUGCUCUUUAAACAGACAGUAAAAAUAAUACACUUUAUUUAUGCCUCUGUGGUUGUUCUCUGUACUCAGACUGUACGCUCUGUGCUGUCUUUUCCUGUGGCUUGAUUUUUGUUGUCUUUAAAAAGUCAUUAAAACGCUUUCAUAAUCUUUACAGUGAGCCGUAAGGACCCACCCAUGCAGACCGUUUCCUGGUUUAAAGAGUGUCUUUGUGCACGGAUAAACCUCUUUAUAAUUCAGGAGCAAAGUUAAUAAUGUAAAGAUCAUACAGCAAAACCUCUGACCAAAAAGCAUUAACUGUGACAUGUUAUCUUGGACACUAGAAAAAUGGUUUGCAGAGCUAUUUUUUAAGCUUAGUGAUAAUAAUAAGUGAUAAUAAUGUACCGGUUGUUGCCAACCCACUGAGCAUUUUUUGGUCUAAAAGAGGUCUAAUAGAUGUCUGAAUAUGUAGCCUAGAUGACUGGUCUAAGAUCUGACUACCACAGGUCUAAAAAAUGAAAGUUUUUUAGACCAAGUUUAGACCAAGUCUAAAUCUGUGCUAUAUCUUUACUACACUGUAUUUUGCUCAACAGCUAUAAUAAUUAUUUUUGGUUAAGUACUUAGAAAUCAGUUAUGCAAAUCACAGUUUCUUUUUGAAAUAUUGAGUUAUCAAAUAAUGGGUUAAAGUGCAACGUCUAAAUUCUGUCUAAAAAUAUACAGAAUCUAGACGAUUGAAAUUAGGUCUAAAACAAAAAAACUAGACCUGUAAUAGCUGUUUAUUGCUCAGUGGGAAAGGUGACUAGAUUUUUACAUUCUCUUAAGACUUAAGGAUUUGAGCUCUUUUACGGCUUUUAUUUUAUCACAGCUUCCUGCGCUUCUCCCUGCUCUCCUCUCUCCACCUAUCUUGUGAGGGCUGAUGCUGAUAUGAUUGUCCUGAAGAGCUGACUGAUGUACCUUUAUUCUCCUAGCCUCUCUUCAAACCAUUUUAAAUCAGUGGUCGAGUAGAAACCAUGCUGCAAUUCCUAAAUGGACAGUGGUGGGCUGUGAUAGCUGGUAGUGUCUGUAUGUUUUUAACUUAAUUUAAUAAUCAGGAUGCUAGUUAUCUCUUUAUAUGAUUGUGUGUUUUGUAACAAAGUGAUCAGAAGCACCUUAGUGACGUCAUUGUCUCUCUCUCUCUCUCUCUCUCUCUCUCGUGUGUGUGUGUGUGUGUGUGUGUGUGUGUGUGUGUGUGUGUGUGUGUGUGUGUGUGUGUGUGUGUGUGUGUGUGUGUGUGUGUGUGUGAGAGAGAGUUAGCUCUGACUCUUCAACUUUCCUGCAACAUCAUGGAGACUCUGUGAAAAUAAAAGUAGAUCCUCCCUUUUUAUCACAGGGCCUGUGCUGCCUGAUGUUUUGUGUCAGAGGAAUUAACCUCAGUCUGAAUUAUGAUCAAGUUUAUGUUUAUUUCUUCCUUGAAAUUGCAUACAGUAAAUUAAUGCCACUCUUUGUUACUGGACCAUUUGUAGACUGUAUGCAGCCUUCAGCUAUAGAAACUCUGCAAAUGUUGCAUAAACAGAGUUUUGUCGCUUUAUUAAAGUGGUGUAAACAGGAGCUGUGAGCGAUUUUAAAGUAGUUAAAGGAGGAGAUAAUCAUUUUGAAUUACCUUUCACUGUAUAUACUGAAUGUCACUGAAUAUAUCAUUGUGUGUGUGUAACUCUGCAGUAUGUGUGAAUUUCUCCUUUGCAGCUCUCUGAAGGAAUAGCUGUUAGAAGGAUUUUGUCUUUUGUGUUUUGACUCUACAGAAUAAACACUUUUAUUUGACAUACUCUACAUCUGAUUAUGAAGGGGGUGACUCUCUACGGAUCAUUUUAUGUGGUACACUCUUCGCUGAACAAAGACAUGACUGCACAGUUUGCUUCUUUUUCCUUUUCCUUGUUUCUUUGUGCAGGAAGUUUUUGGAUCGCACGAUCACUGACUAAAGGUGUUUGUGAUCUUUUUCCUUUAAAGCCGAGACGGUGGACACGGUGGAGUGUGAUUUGGUGUAAAGUAUCAGAUGGGGAGUUGAGCUGUGGGUAUUUUUUCAAAGAGGUUAACAGAAAGCAGAAAAAGAGUAAACAUAAAAAAAUGAAAUGACCCGUAUUUAUCAGUCAUGAAACUUUAAAUGAAAUCUUCUUCAACCAAAUAACUUCUCUGAGUUAGGGGGAAUUGUCCAGUCUUAUUGCUCAUGAUCCUUUCAAUUCUCCUCCUGCAAAUAUCAAUUUUGGAAGAGUGAUAGUUUUCUUUUCUGAAUGUUGAGCACUUGCACUUCUUGAUAUUGUUGCACUCCUUUACGGUGAGCAUAAAGGCAUAAAAAAUAUUUAUUUAAAUUACUCAUCAUUAUUAUUUGAAGGAUCAAAUGAUUUUUGAGGACUGCAGAUUUCUUUAAAAGUGCACCACAGGGUUUUAAGGAAAAUAAAUUGCAGGGGAAAAUAAAUCUACUUGGGAAUUUUAUUUGCAGAGAGUAGAGAGCUCCAUUGUUCAGUCUUUGUGCAGCAACUGUCUCACAACAAUGUUUUACAAAUGAGUCUGUUGUUUCCUUUUUAUUACUGAAGACAUUUCUGGUUUUUACGCAGCAAUUGUUUUUGUGUAAAAACAGGAUUUACCUGCCAGUCCAACCACAUUAUUCAAAAUGAUUUUUCAUUUUCAAUACUAUUAAUAAGUGCAAUGUUUGCAAAAAGUUUUAAAGAUGUCCAUCUCAAAAAAUAAAAAAAAUAGAGUUACCCUGAUGAAGUUUGGUACAGUAGAUUUGACCUUUAUAAAGUAGUAAACAGAAGCACUUGUUCACCUCAGUAUUGAAGCACAGGCUGUGGUCUUUGUUGCACCAGUUAAAUCCCAAUCCUCACAGUACAUGAUGAAACGUCUCUGACCACUUUCUUCUUACAUUUACCGACUGUUCCUCAAGCUGCCCUUUCGUAUAUAGGCCAAAAGAGGCACAAAAAUAAUGAUUAAUGAAAAAAUAAAGACAAAAGUGAAGAUAGAUCAAAUAUGUUGAAGCUUCAAAUUCAAACCUAACCUUAUUUCACAAAAUAACAGAGUUUUAUAUUUCUUCCAGCAGAAAACACAGUCCUUUCAUCUUCCUGGUACAGCGGGUUAUCUCUAAAUCAAAGAGGUUGGCGGUAAAGUCCUGCAGUUACACGCCAACAUGUAACUGGGCAAGAUACUGGACUUGCUUGAAGCUGCUUCUGGUUUCAUGGUCAGCUUAAUGUUUUAACAGGAUCAGUUUAAACAUGUGGUCUCUUACUAAAGCAGCCUCAGCCAUCGGUGUAUGAACGUAGUGUAAAUGGGUGUAAAAGCUUUAAAAGCACUUUGGGUGGUUGGUAAAGGCUAUUAAAGUCCUGUAAAGGGAUCAGUAGGGUUGGGUACCGAACUGGUUGCUACUUGGAACCAAUUCUGGAAUCAUUUAGCAAAUUUUUGAAUUUCGAUUCUUUCUUUUGGUUCCGAUUGCCUGCACUAGUUUGUUUUCGGGGCGUGUAUUACUCUGCUCAGCGUUCUCAGUGCAUUGCAUUCAUAAACAACAUCUUCAUUUAUCUUAAGCAUUUCUCCUCAACAAAAUUAUCAGUCGCAUACAAAUAUUUCCCCCUUUUCUUUUGCUAACUGGCAGACAAUGCUUGUAUUCGUUGUGUUAGUGGCUUUGCUUCGAACUGAGCAAAGAGAGAGCACUGAUGUUUUAUAAUGAAUGAAUACACGUUCUGGGGUUUGGUGUGGAACGCUGCCUCUCAGGGUGUGUUUCCAAAUGAACCACUGAACAUGUAUAGAAGACACAAUGGUCUGUGACGUGGAGAUAAAGUACACGCUACACAAACUCAAAACCAUGGACGCCCGUUUCAACUAGUGAAAAAAAUUUGAAGGAUUUUAUAAACUUCCCCCUGACAGGCCAGACAAGCCCCCCGAAAUAGGACAUGUCCAGGUAAAAGAGGACGUAUGGUCACCCUGUUAAACACCUUCAGAUUCAUGGAGUAGAAAUAACUGAGUGCCACAUCUUUGACGAGCUGCGCCGGUCUUCCUGCGGUCAGAAUCAGAGAAGUAAAACAAUAAAUUACAUCUGUCUUCUGCUAACAUUGAAGCAUUUAACAAAUUGUACUGUAUACACCUUUUUUAGUGUAAAAAAACACACAGAUGAAUAUUGUUCUGAGUGUGACUGCACGGAGAAUUCACCCAUUUUAUAUCACUACGCCUUUGGCAAGGUUGUCUUUUUUUCAGAGGCUGAGCUGUCUUUUGAGAACGAGGGUCAGACACAGGUAGAAUUUUUUAAUGACACAUCCUGUUUACUGGCUACUGUGGGUGUGAGCCGCAGCGCAGACUGUUUUCCCAGCUGUGGAGACUGAUUAAUUCUCUGUGGUCAUCAGGGGAACUGGACUUUAACUUCAGGAUCUAGAAAAAUAUGAUAACUUUGCAGAAAAAGGAGCACAAAGGGAAACAACCUGAUGACGUUUCAAGUCUUCCUGCAAAUUUUUUAAUGCAGCAUUAAGCUUUGUGAAGCACUUGAGGAAGAAUAACCCCAGGAGACGCAGAGAGAAAGGCACUAAGAGACAGCCACAGCACCUUCCUGCUUAAUCACCCCCCGUCCGUCCCCCCGUCCUCCCCCCUGUCCCUGCCCUGUCUGUUGUUCCUGAUCGUCAGAGCAGCACUGCAGUAUUUCUAUCAGAUGAUCUCUCCCUCCUCGUCUGCAGCCCUUAUGUUUAUGAAAAUGACACUCCACAGGAAUGCCUCCUGCAUGCCAAGAUGUCACUGUCUUUCCUCAUCGCUUACAUCUGCAUGUGUGUACGAGCAUGUUUGAAUGUGUGUGAGUGUGUGUGUUUACAGGGGGUUGAACUGGUGUCACAACUGACUGACUAGCUUUAUUUGUAAUUGGAGGUAAGGCUGGCAGGAUAAGGGGAGUGUGUUAUUGACAAAAAUCAUCUCAAUGCUUCGGGGGAUUUUGCAGAUAAUGAUAAAAGGAAAAAAAAGAUGCAAAAAAGCAACAAGGUGAUUGCAAAAGUCUUGUAUUGUACUAUUUAUUCACUUUGAACUGAGUUGCUCAGGCUGGUGGUGUUUGUUCUCUUAUUUAAAAGCUCCUAUGAGGACCUUUCUGUUUGUGUUGUAUUUGGUGCCCCCUGUGGACAAAGUAAAACCUCUGAUCUGUUCACUGAUUUUGUCCUAUGCAUGUUAAAGUUUUGUUUUCAGACAAAAGAUCUCAUCCUGCCUUCUUUAAACAGUCUAAUGCAUCACCCACUGUGAGUAUUUGCUUUUUCUGCAGUGGGCUGUCAGAUAUGUAGGCUCACACCUACCCCCUUGCCACAGUUUGAAGUAUUUAAGAUGAAAUAUAGAAAUCAUAAUCCUGUUGCUGAUUGUCUAUUUCAUAAACAGCUGAGAAAUCUCUCAUAGGAGCUUUAACUUCAGCCAUACAUGCAGCUACACCACCAUAGCUUGUAACUGAGACAUUAUCUUAGACAAUAUUUAUUGCACACCCCAGAAUACCACAUCCCACUUCUUACCACAUUAAAUACUCACAAUAAUAAUAUAAUAACUUUUUAAAUCAAAAUCUUGGAAAAAAAAUACAAUAAGUCAGAUUAAAGAAAGGCAAACUAAGGGAGGAGUAACAUGCUAUUUCAUGACAUUAGGAACACCAUAGAUGCCACUGCCUUACUGGCUUGUCACCAUAUAUUUCUAAUGAUGUUUAAAGCUCCUGUGAGGAGUUUUUUAACCUUAAGGAUAAAGACUAAAAUUCACAUUGAUGCUAUUUUACCAUAUACAAAAAAAGACAAACAAGGCCAGAAGUGAUAAGAAUGACUUUGUUUACAUUGUGAUUGUUAAUGCCUAAAACUCGUGUGAGCAUCUAAAGAAACAGCCCUGUUUUAAUGAUUUUCAUUCUCAAGUUCAGUAAUAACAAUAGAUGACAAGUCUGACUGUCAGAAGAAAGAGAUUUUUGUCAGAGGACGCUACCCAAGCAUUUAAAGGACAAGAUAGACAAGUGGAGAACCUCACCUUCAUCCAUACAUGAUUUGUGCUGCAGUUAAAGUCACACACUGCUGUAAACAUUAAUAUUGGUAAACCAAGUUUUUAUAAACCACCAGAGGAGAUACUGCCUCAUAAAACAAUUGUUUUUGGCAUUUUGGCUCUUUUUAUUUCAGCUUUAUACUUGAUUUUAUCUGGAUUAUAUUCCAUAGGUUAUCUUUAUUUUUAAGAGUGAUAUCAGUUUAUAUAUUUCAUUUUGAUUUUAUUCCACCCAUUUUAAGAUGAGAUAAGAAGAAUUUUAUUGAUCCUUGAAGGGAAUAUCAGUUGCCUGUGGUCUUUAAGUGGUGACUUCUGGCACCUGAGUACUUUUUAAUCAUAUUUUAGAGUGUUUCAGUAGAAUUUAUUGUGGUAGUUUAGUGUGGUUUUUAGUUUUUGUAUUUUGUAAUUAAAUGUCAUUGGCCAGCUCUAGCUAAGGGGAAAAAAUAAAGUCACCUGAACCUGAUUUUUGCCCUCUUCUGCUAAGGUUGUCUUAUUUCUUCUAUUGUAAAACUCUUCUUUUAUUUUGAAAUGACACAAACUCUCCUCGUAGAUCAUGAGUUAGGGAAGUAAGUAAAAACAGCCAAAUGAAGGGUUAGAAAAAGUAUGGAUGUUCAUGUGUUGGUAUCAUCCUUCCUCUGGUUUAUGGCAGGAGGCAACUGAAGCUACUCUAUUAUUAAUUUGGCAAACCUGUUACCUUAAAAUCUUUUAAACUAAUGAUAAAUGAAAAAAAUCAUCCCUCACGCAAUGUGCGUGGAGAACUAAAUACGUUUUUCAAAUCAAAUUCAAUUUUUUAUUUUAGAUUGUGAACGAUUUUUUUUUCUAUUUUUUGGGGGCUCUUCAGUUGUAAUCCGUGUUUAGCAUGUGUUUAUGUGUCGCUGUUUGUGAGUUAGCCCAAGUGAGGUGUUGAUUGUGUGAAAGUUCACCUCCGAACAUGCGUACCAAAACAGAGAGAAAGAAUCAUGAGCUAAACCUAAUGAUUCUUGUCGUUCCUCCACAUGGCAGCGCCUCAUUUUAUCUCCACGAGAACACACACUUUGUCUUUUACAUACACACAAAAGGAGAAGUCACACAUUAGGCUGCACCAUAUGCUUAGAUAUUAGUUAAGACUGCCUGCGAGAGUCUUGUGGUAUUCAUAAUCCUUUGCUCUUUUUUCAUUCUAAGGGAGCCUCUAUACUCCCAUCACCUUUUAUUAGCUUGAUAAAUCACCUCUGUUGUCAGUCAAGCCAGGGAGAAUAAUUGGAUGUGGUUGUCGCCCAGUGUGAUGGAUUAUCAGUCAUUGGGGAUUAAAUUAACAGAUAGUGCUCAGACAUAAUGGUUUUUGUUUUGCAUUUUAAAUUGCCUGGGAGCACGGUUAGACUGUGUAGGUUUUAUAGCAGGUCUGUUUGGACUUCCCCUCUCUGAGCUUCCCAAGCUUAAUGACAAAUCAACAAUAACCUAUGGGGCCGCUGCUCUAUUAGUAUGAAAUGUAAAACAUUUACUACCGAGUCCGUGCACAGAGAGAGGCCUCAGAAGGCUCGUGAGCGUGAUAACAUGACAUGAAAUUUGAUAGAGCAAUAGCUUGAUGAAAUAGCUUGACAAUGUGAAGAAAUAUGUGAAAUAUUCUCUUGAUGAGGAAGACGAAGGUGACCUGACAAGUUGGUCAAGCGGUGUGCAAGACUUGCCUGAUGCAAGCUGACAUCUGUGACCAGCUAGAGAGGAUAGAAACAAGUUAACUACCUCGCCCCGGCUGUGUUUCCCUUUUCAAAUGAGAAUCUGACACAGCGGAGGAGAGGAAGAGGAGGGUAAGGAAAAAAGGAAAGGAGGGAGUGUGCAGUCAGAUAUCUCCUUUGCGUGUCAGAUGGAGCGUAAGCGAUUUACCUCCUCGCCAGACCCCUCCCUCCCUCCUUCCCCUCCACGUCCACAUUAUCAUAAUUGUGUCCAGAACAUGAGGGGCCGGGGAAGUGAUCAUGUCAUUUUAUUUACACCCUGCUUGGCCCUUUUUACAAACGACAUGCCACUGACUGCCAAGCGGACUGGGGCCCGACGACAUCUUUUGAUCAGGGCUGUCGGGGCCUAUCAGCGGAGAAUGGCAGGUAAUGGAUACCCAGUGACAAACCAAAUCUCCGGGAGGACGGAGAGUGGGCCGCACCUGCCAGGUCUCCAUUAGGCCAGCCUCUCAGUAGGGCUGCCUGCUGACUCUGCCCCCAGGGCCCAAAUCAGAGCAGCGCCAGCCGCAUGGCUGCCGAGAGAUUGGCUGUUAGCACUGGAAAUGAGAGUUAUUUCAGCUAUGACAUUUUUGUUUAGACUGGACGUGUGUGCGUGAGGCGAGGGGGAGAUGAAGGAUUUAGUCACAGUGUGCACUUGUGUGCAAGUGUGCCCAAACUGAAGCCAUACUUUUGACUUUUUUUGGCGUUUGUCCCGGUUUACAGAAUUGUUUAUAUGAACUCAGGUCUGUCUGUGGAUAUCCUCCUUUUAAGGAGACGUAUUUUAUUUUCACCUUUUAAUCUGUCAGUCCAGGAUGUCUACAAAGCAACUUUGCAUGAGACACAGCUUACUAAACAACUAAGUAAUAUUAUAUAUGUAGCCUUAGAAACCCUUAUUUCAGCACUGUUUAGUUGGCUACAAUCUCACUGACUGAAUUUGAAACACAGCUUGCGGGUGUUACUUUUUACACAGCUAUAUAGUUUUAAAACAAACUUCUGCUAUGUGUCAGCCGCUUCUCAGCUCCCUGUUAUAUUUUUGCAUUAGCUGGUGGGUUUAACUACUACUUAUUUCACCAAGGUACAAAGGUUUACAAAAAUAUCCCCUUUUUGACGACUUGUUAUGUGUUAAAGACACAUACAGAUGGUUCAAGUGGGAAAAUUGUGUUGUGUGAUGCAAACAGCUCAAACACUCCACUUGGAUGUGUAAUAGUAAGAAAAAAUAUGAGUGAGGCUCUUGCUAUUUAAGCUAUCUCAACCACUGGGUUGCUAUAUUGAACACAAACAAUAGCUUUGCACAGUAUCGUUCAUUGUUGUGUUUAGUACUAUGCAUAAAGCUUUACUGAACACAGUAACUUGUGUUAGAUUAUGUACACUUUUUAGCUUGGGAAUCUGUAGAUUUUUUGGUCAUUUGGAGUGAAACAGCCUCUUUGACAUGCAGCUCAAAGCCAGAGUUAAAUAGGCUUGACGUUUAUGUAUAGAGCCACAUCUCUUUAACUGAUGCAUUAAGCGUCUACUUGUAGUUGAAGUCGGUUACUUGUUGACCAGUUAAGUAGUUGGUGAACCCCCUUGUUUCUUUGAGCUUCAUGAAGGUCUUUCUAGAUGAUCAGCUCCAGGUUUCAGUAAUAGCUGAAACUCAAAUCAAGCUCAUACUGGCCUUUGUAUCCAAAGGAGUCUUCAGGUUGUAGCUGUUGUUAUCCUGAAAACACCCCAAAUUCUCGCUGUUUUCUGUGAAAUAAAAAAAAAUGGAGGGAAGCUUGGAUGUUUAAAAAGAACACUUUGAGAAACUUAAGAGAGAGACUGAACCAACACGGAGCAAAUGGACUUUCCAGGUGAGUGCAAACUGAGAGAGCUUAAGGGUGGGUGUGUCCUUCGGUAUUUCCCAAAUAUGACAGCAGAACCUGACGUCAAUUUGAGGCUAAGUCUUCAAAAGUAAAACAAGCAGCUUAGAGAGAAAAACAUGUCCAGAGAUUAGAUAAGAUAAUACUUUACAAAAACAAUGUUCAUGAAUUGUGUAAAUGAGAAGUGAAAUGAAAGUCACUGGAUAAAGUGACCUGGUGUAACAUGAUGCAAGGAGCUACAAAGUACAGUAAUGUCGGGAACAAUUGUACAGCACAAUAUAAAAUAAAACUCUGUAAUCUGCAAAAUACAACAUGACUGACAUUAUGUGUGGCGUCAGUUAUGAAGAAAUGUACUACAGUUGUUAUACAGGGUCCUGUAUGUAAUAUUAAGCCACCUUCCCAUGUUUUGGGACUUUAUGUUCUAGUACAGAUGUCCAACACUGUAACGCUGUAAGUAUUAAAACACAGAUCAGCAUAAUAAGUCUCCUUUCUUUACAAGAUUAUUGGUUUUUCUUUGGUCGAGCAGUUUUAUGAGAAAGGUGGACAGGAAAUGAGGGAGGGUGACACUGCAGAAGUCGGGGGUGAGUGUUGGGUGAGUUGGCGCUCAGUAUGUUGGCUCACAACCACAGGAGUGGCAGGUUUGUGUGAACUGGUGUGGGUCCGGUCAUUCACAGUAGUCUCAUGCACACACACACAUGAAUCGUGUUCAUUCAGAGCCAUCACUCUGACACGGCUCAGUCUUUAACCUUCUCUUCUUCUGUCUCAUAUUCCUCUUUUCCUGGUUUCUGUGUCUGUUUUGAGUGAAAUAUCUUGAUUUCAGGUUUCGGCACUUUUUUGGGAGAAGAAUCUAAUGAACUCGCGUCAGUCGUGAUGACACUGCAGUAUGUCUGUCAGAAUCUCUACAACAAAACUCUGAUGUCCUUUUCUUUAAAAUCGUCUCUCUUUGUCUGUGCUUGUGUGUGCGUGCGUGUGUGUGUGUGUGUGUGUGUGUGUGUGUGUGUGUGUGUGUGUGUGUGUGUGUGUGUGUGUGUGUGUGUGUGUAAUCAGAGAAGAGGCAGAUGAAGAGGCGUCAGACAUAUUAACUGACAGAUGGAGGUUGAUCCAACUCAUUUAUUACCCCAGAGGAGAAUGCCACAGUGAGAUUGGGCUUCAUUAAUUUCAGAUUUAGUUUUCAUUUCAAGCUGUUGCGCCCUGAGAUAAAUAAAAUGGCGCAUUAUGUUUUUGCCAAGAUAUUUCUUUUUUGUUUUCCUCCAAUAGAAGGAGUGAAAAGAGGGGAGGCAUAAGUUCCGUGUGGCUGGGGUAGUAUAUAAAUACAGGCUCGCCUAGAGGAAAAUAACACCUCAACGGUUGAUGAGGUGAAAUGGGAUGACUGUAAUUUCUCAGCUCAGCUUUAAAGGCUCCCACACAGAUGGCUCAUUUAUCCCUGGGAGUCCUCGGGCACACAUAGCAGGGAAACUUUUUCUCCAGUUAUUCUAACAUAGCGUGUUCACUCCCUGCAAUUUCACUCAUCUCUUUCUGUCUCUCUUUGUCUCCAUUCUCCUUGCAGCCUAUUCUCCCGAGGACCUGACCGAGCCCACUGUGGAGGAAGAGGAGGCUGAAGCAGAUGACCUGCCCUCGGCCCCACAGGACGACCUCCCCAUGAAGGAUGAGUGUGUGGAGCGGAGCGUGGGGCCUGCCAAUGAGAAGGCAUGUGACAAGGAGUCAGCCAGGGCCGCUGAGCUCUCUGGACAAGACAUGGACAGUGAGUCACAUGUGAGUGAGACCAGCGACCGCCUCUCAGACUUUGAGAGCCCCUCCAGGAAAGCUGAGGGCAGCUUGGUCUCAGCUCCUCUGAAUGGUGGCACCAAAACACCCCCUAUAGGCAUGGACACUUUAGAACAAAUGAAGGCUAUCUACUCCAGCUUCCUGAGCAGCCCCUUGUGGUCCCCGCUGAACUUUACCUCCACACAGCCUCAGGUGCCAUCGUCAGUUUCUGCAGAGAAGCCGGCUCGCAGUAACAGCACCAGUAGCAGUAGCAGCUGCAGCAGUGGUAGCUACGACUGGCACCAGUCUGCAGUUGCAAAAACGCUACAGCAGCACCCUCCCCAAAGCCGUCACCCCACUCAGUCUGAGCCCAGCCUCUUCAGUACAGUCCAGCUCCACCGGCAAAACCCAAAACUGUUCGGCUCCAUCUUUACUGGGGCCAGCAAGUUCCGCUGUAAGGGCUGCAGCGCUGCUUAUGACACCCUGGUGGAGCUGACAGUUCACAUGAAUGACACAGGCCACUACCGCGAUGACAACCAGGACCGGGCGGGCGCUGGCGGAAAGCGCUGGUCCAAACCACGUAAGCGCUCCCUGUUAGAGAUGGAGGGGAAGGAGGACGCACAGAAAGUUUUGAAGUGUAUGUACUGUGGCCACUCCUUUGAAUCCCUGCAGGACCUCAGCGUCCACAUGAUCAAGACCAAACACUACCAGAAAGUGCCUCUGAAGGAGCCGAUGGCCCCCGUGGCAGCCAAAAUCAUGUCCUCGAAGAAAAAAGGGCUGAUAGGGUUGGACCUUACUGCCUCGCCACGCUCUGGAGAAGGAACCCCCAAAUCUAAGCAUCCAACAGCUGACUCAUCAGCAAGUGAACCCUCACAGAAACCUUCCUCCAGUCCUUACACCAACACCAAUAACCGCUACGGACACCAGAACGGUGCCAGCUAUGCCUGGCAAUUUGAGUCCAACAAAUUCCAGAUCCUGAAGUGUAUGGAGUGUGGAAGCUCCCACAACACACUGCAGGAGCUUAGGACCCACAUGAUGGUGACGGGGCAUUUCCUGAGGGUCACCAGCUCUGUGGGGAAGAGGGUCAAAACACUUCCUGAGGCCACGUCCCCCAACCCCGGACGUGUUACCACACCUACUGAACAGAGGGUCCAAUCAGUCCCGCUUGCACCCUCCACUUUUUCUCCUCCACCUCUUCAGACUACCCCGACCCCUCCUGCGGCUUCUCCUCCCCUUAAAGAGAUAAAGAAGGAGGAGGUUGAGGAGGAGUGCACCACGAAUGAGGUGUCAGGAAACGAGAGGCAAGCUGGGAAAGAGGAGGAUGCUGAGAAGGAGGAGAAGUAUGACAUCUCUAAGUACAACUAUCUGACUGAAGAGGACCUGAAAGAGAGUCCUAAGGGGGGCUUUGAUAUCCUCAAAUCACUGGAAAACACUGUGACAUCUGCCAUCAACAAGGCACAGAGCGGGAACCCAAGCUGGGGAGGCUACCCAAGCAUCCAUGCAGCCUACCAGUUCCCCAGUGGUCUCAAGCUCCAACAGGGCGGCAUAGACAAGAACUCACCAAUGAAAUUCUUGUUUAACGGGGGAGACGUAGCAUUGUCCUCGCUCUCUAAGGACCAGCCUCUUAUUUCCCCACCACUUAGCCAGUCCUCUCCCUUCCCAAGUAACAACUUUCAGGCGAUGGAGGAAUUGGUGAAAAAAGUAACAGAGAAGGUAGCAAAAGUGGAGCAAAGGGUGAAGCAGAUGUCUCCAAAGAUGGAGAACCACCUCUCGCCGUGUAGCAGUGAGACUGGAGAAUCUCUCAAGGGAGGGGAGGCUGAGUCCCCUCGGGAAUGGAGGGCUGUAACCCCAGCCAAUAGUGACAAGGGAAGCCAUAGCGACAGAGCAUCCCCGGCAACAGAGCCCAAGAGAGAGGCAACAGUCAAGUCCCCUCUCGCCUCUUCGCUGAGAUGCAGUACCGCCAUUAUAACUGGCCAUACUCCUCCUGAGCAGCCCUUUGUCAACCCCCUAAGUGCUCUUCAGUCAGUAAUGAACAUUCAUUUGGGGAAAGCAGCCAAGCCCUCUUUGCCAAACCAAGAUCCCCUGAGUCUGCUCUCCAGACUCAGCCAGAGCAUGGCAGAGAGGGCUGCUGUGGCCGCCCCUCCCUCACAGACCAAAAAGCAGGAGAGUGUGGCUGAUAACAGUUUUAGUCAGCCCAGCGAUGACCAGCCUAUGGACCUCACAAAAGGAAAAAGCGACAGAGGAGGCUCUGUUGGCUCAGCCCCCCUAACACCGUCAUCCACAGCCUCCUCCAUCUCCCCCUCCUCCCUCAUUACUCCUGCUAAACUAACAGUGGUCUCGCCCUACACCUCCAACAGCCCCCUGCAUGAAAAUGCUUUAUCAGAUAUCUCAGACAUGCUGAGGAACCUGACUCAGUCCCAUCAUGUCCCAAAGCCCCCCUCCAGGACCAGAGUUACAGAGAAAGUCGAGGUUGUGGGCUCAGCUCAUGAUGAUGACGAUUCAUCCCUACACGGCCACAAACGCAAAGGGCGCCACUCCAACUGGAACCCGCAGCACCUCCUCCUCCUACAGGCCCAGUUCGCCUCCAGUCUGAGACAGACAUCAGAGGGGAAGUACAUAAUUCAUGACCUCAGCCCCCAGGAAAGGAUGCAUGUGUCCCGUUUCACAGGCCUCUCUAUGACCACCAUCAGCCACUGGCUGGCAAAUGUCAAGUACCAGCUAAGAAGAACUGGCAGAACCAAGUUUCUCAAGAACCUGGACUCUGGUCAGCCGAUCUUCUUCUGCAGUGACUGUGCCUCUCAAAUCCGAACCCCAGCAGCGUAUGUAUGCCACCUUGAAGCCCACCUCGGCUUCAGGAUCAGGGACCUGGCCAAGCUGUCCCCUAAACAGACUGUCAGGGACUCCCACACCCUCUCUGAGAAACUCGUGCCCCAGGAGUCCUUCCUUUCUGCACAAUCACAAGACGACUGCAGCGGCAACGGGGCAGUGUACCGCUGCCAGCUCUGUGUCCGCAAAUUUGCCACCAAGCACGCCAUCAAACUUCACCUCAGCAAGAGCCAUGGGAAGUCCCCGGAGGACCAUCAGCUGUACGUGUGCGAACUAGAGAAACACUAAAUCAGUCUCGGCAGCAGACGUACAGAAAAACACAGCAGGAUGGCUGAGACCAGAGAAUAUCUGAAAGUGUGUUUGUGCGCAAACACACCAUGAACUACUGUCAAAAAGUCAGCACAAGGUGUUCACAUCUAUCGGGCCUAUGCGCAUUUCUGAUUUCUCUAUUUCAAAAGACAUUAAUUUCACAUCAGAAAAUCCUGUAGGUCAAAGAUGUUCAGCCCGAUUUGUUGUCGGCGCUGUUGUCUUUCUCACUUUGUUAACUCGAGGUGAUGCGAGGCAGCAGAGGACGGUAUUAUAUCACGAUCAUGGUGACUCUCUUGAUGAGACAGUCAGCUUAUAACUUGAAAUGUAUUAACUUUAUUGUAUUUAUUUUGUACUUCUGUGAGUCUGGUUUUGAUUUGCUGGUAGACUGCAUGUUUUACUGUUACAUUUGUACAGUUCGGUCCUGUCCUGUCCCGAGUUUGAACGCCCUCGUCAGCUGGUCAUUUCUGAACACCCUAAAACAGCCAAAAACCUGAGAGAGCUCCUUCCAGAAUCUGCCACACAGUGAAGGUUCAGUGCUUGUUUUUGUAAUUUUCUCUGUACAGCUGAAUGAUUUUCUUGCUGAUUGUAAAAGCUGCCUUGUUCUUGGUCAUUGAGUGAGGGGCGUUUGAAUCCAGGUCUGUGUAAAAAUGUACAUAUAGUGUAUAAGCUUACGACUUUCUGUUUAAAUUAUGCAUACUUGUUAUAUUUCCUAAUUUAAGAGGACUAUGACUAUCCACUGGUGCAGAGCCUUUGAAGAAGAUUAAAAGGACAUUGUUUUGCACAAUAGUUUUAUAAAUGUUAUUUGAUAAAAAAAAAUCAAUACAAAUAUGUUAAUGCCUUGUGCUUCUAUGAUUAAAUUGAAUUAACUGCUGCAGAAAAACUUUGUUUUCUUUCACACUAUAAAAAUGUUAUUUCCAGAUGAAGGUCUUUUAUAGGAGCUUCUUGUUAAAAAAAGUGCCCUCGCACCUUUUGUCAUGGCACGUCACCACUGUGAGUGUGGACGAGCUGCCGAUGGAAAGGCAACAGGAUGGACAGGGUUUACUGCUAAGAAGGUUUGUUUUAGUGUGUUGGUGCUAAAACAACAAUCACAGAAUAAUAAUCAAACUGAAAAUAAAAAUAUAUACAAAUAUAGAAAUAGAGAUAUGAGUACAAAGAAGUAGAAAGCUUUUUAGCAGCAGUACAACAACUGUGUCCGGGAACCUUUGAUUUAUUAAAAAAAGCAUAAAACUACUGAACAAAAUAUGUACAAAAUUGGCAAUUUGUGAAGGAUGUUUGGAGUGUGAGAUUUGGCUUGGUGAUGAAAGCAUGAAUUCUUUUCAGAGAGACUUUGGUUCAUAAGUUUGGUUUCAACCUGCAGCCCUUUUCCCAGAUUGUGGUUCCCUUCUCUCUCUCCAGUUUCCUGCUCCAUACACUGUCCAAUCCUAACUAAAAUAAAAGCAUAAAAAGGAUUCAAGAAAGAGUGCAAACAGUAUUAGUAAAAACAGUGCCAUGUAACAAUUUUGGAGUUUACUACCAAAAUGCAUCCAACUCAUCCAGUUACCCAUCUGCAGCACCAGCUGCAAAAGAGAAAGACAGUAACUUCCCCAAGUGCUGGACUGUACAAAUGAUGUCAGAGUUUUCUUUCAGUCCAGCAAAAGUAGUUACAGGUUCAUAACGGCAUAAAUGCAGUUUUUCAUUGGGUUAUUUUUUUCUACAGUUUCAUCCUGACCUCUGAAUUGAACUUUUGGUAAACAGCCCAUCAUCAAACCUUUCCAGUAAAAUGUGACACUGAUUGUUUUGUUUUAAUACCUUUGUGAAAGUUUAAAAUUAUUCUCUCUGUACACAACAUGAUCACUUAUCAUAGUUCUUCCUGACUGUUUGGAAGAUAGUGUUUUGGCGUCAUUUCUGCCUUCAUUUUCCCUCCAGACAGUGCCGACAGUGCCUGUUUUAGAACUUUAUUUCUGAGUACGUGAGAAAGUGAGUGUAAUUUUAAAAAUGAAAAGGCCACAAAAAAAAAAAAGCAAAGCAUCAGAGUAACUCAAAAAUGAGUCAAAACAAAGAUAAAAUGUAUGAAGAAUAGAGAAGCUUUUUCUAGUUUUUUAUUUAUUAAUUUUUUUUUUUUGGAUCUUUUUGCAACAACUGUAAUUUUGAUUCUUUUUUUUCUCCAAACUUGAACAUAUUUUAGAGGAUUUAUUAGUCAGCAUGAAAAAAUUGUGUCUUAUAUAUCACUAACAUGGUCAGAUGAAUCCCUCUGGAGGUUCAAAUGUAAUCCCUUAGAAUUGCACAAAACGUACCAAAAUCAGUCUUUCAAAUCAGAAUGGCGCGCUACCUGUUUGGAUUUCGUUUUGAAGAUUAUAGAUUAAUUUGUAGGUCUUGGCAUGAUACCUACAAUCACCAAUGUGCAUGCAUGUAGGUUGAACCCAUGCUGAUGGCUGUAUUUUGAAUCUUCCCCGGAGCAAUUUUGGAAAAACUUCUGCACAAGACCCUUAAAAUUUUAAAUUUUUGCCAGGCCUGAUAUAAGUGCCAAAGCUGGUGAGUUUGUGGCAUUUUUAUGCUGCCAAAUGAGUGAUUCACUUGGAAUAAGAGGAAGGAGAAAGAAAGGAAAAUUCCCUUGGCUCUAAUAGGAUCCUCACACCACAACUGGGCCCUAAGCAGAGACAUCCCUUUACCUUUAGACAAUGACAUGAAAAGGAAAAAAAAUGACUCCCUGUAGUUUUAGACAGAAUUGCAAUUCAUAACUGUUGCUUAUUUUGACCUUGUUUGUUAUGCCUUGAAAAAAAAAACAGCCCUCGCAAUUGUUGUUCCACAUUUGAAUGACUAAGAUUUACAAAUCAGCCGACAGAUUGCUCAUCUGUACAAGUAAGAAAAGCCUCCGCGUUUGCAGCCGCUCUUGUCUUCCCAGCUACAAUUUGUCCUGAUAUUCCUGGCGAUUUCUGUGUCGUCUUGUUGUUGUGGGGCGAGCUGGAGAGGUGCGAGCGGUGCCACUGCCUGCGAGGCGUCUGGCAGGUGGUGUGUGCUGCAUGUAAACCACCAGAUGUUUCUGAAACGAGCCACUGGAGGGGGAGGAGGAGGCAGGCGGGCUGCAACAGCAGGCAGAGUGGGCUGAUUACCACGGGGGCUUGGAUGCCAUCAGGAGCCCUGGGCACAGACAGCAGAUCUGGCACACACCUGGACUCCAAGACUGUCCCUUGGAAAAAAUAAAGCAGAUCCUAUAUACGCGCGCUGAGACGAGCUGACAGUGGUGCAGAAUGCACAGACAGGUGCUAUUCCCUCAAAGCAGGCUUUUGGAUCUAACAAUAUUACUGGCAGGUGUUGAUGCUAUCAGAGUCGUCACAAUUCCGGCACAGUGCCAUGUAAUGAGAAAGUUUUUUAUGCUCUCUUUUUUGUGUAACAAUGCCACACACAUUCCCAAACAUAUGCACUUACAUACAUUCUUGUGCAUUCACACCAGGACUAUUACAGUAUCACACUUUCACCUCAUUACUAUAGCAGCAAAACCAAUCAGGAAUCAUCAGUCAAACUGUGAGCAGGCAGUAAAGGGUAGAACAACUUGUUGAUUCACACUGUCAGACACAGUGAACUCGCUUUAAUGCCAUUCAUUUCUAAUGAUGUUUACAUUUUAACAGCCUCACAAAGAAACUACAGCAGUGACUCAUGAAACAAUUCUUUGUUGGUGCUUUUAUUUGGGUAAUUUUAUUGUCCUGAUUGUUUUUUUGUUUGUUUGUAUUUUUCGAUAUACAGGUCUUUUAUUUUGGGGAGAAGUGUGGCUUAACACAGCAAACAUCUCUGUGGUGGCGUCUUGUGUAGCAGCCACUACUGCAGUGGUGAUUCACAGACUCCUCCUGCCUGCAGACUGUGAAAGCAGAACGGAUUAAAGAUGUUAGAAAACUGCUGAUGAAGGUGUUAUCAUCACAGCAUUAUUAAUAGCUGUCAUAAAUGACACUGGAUACAACAAUAGCAUGAUUACAUUUGAAGAAACAGAGGAAAUAAUUGACCACAUCUGCCACAUAUUUGUGUAGAGGUGCUUUGCAGUGUAAUAUUAUUUUACUGCGACAGAAACCUUUAUCAACUACUAGUUCUGAAAACAAUCACAGACUAGUUACAUGUGAAAGUAAGUUUGUUAAGUAAAAUGGAGAUUUACAUCAGAGUAGAUAAAAAUCUAAUAUUUAACCUGCUUUAUCCAGCUUACUCCUCCUGCUUCCUCUCUGCAACCCUCCUCCACCCCAGCUCCUCUUUUUAUGCUGUGUUUGAUUUAACCAGUAUCCUCUGUAGUCUUCCAGAUGCCUGUGAUGUCCUUUAUCCCAGGGGUCUUACCGGCUGCUCUCCCUGCCUUGGCUUUUCAAGUACACAUUCGAAAGGAGGGGAGCUGUGCUCUCCCUGCUUCAGGCUUUAGCAUCCCGUCAAUGUUCAUGGAUGGGAGAGGGUUAGCUCUACCCACAAGGUCUCUGCUGGUGCUCUCCCUGCCUUGGCUUUUCAUGUACCUACGUCAUACACAGGGGAGCUGCAGGCUUGGCGUUCCACAAAAGCAUGUAAAAAGGUAAGCAGCUCUCAAGACAGAUCCAUACAGCCAAAUUUGAUAACUAUGUGGAAGAAAUGGAUUCUUUUGAAAGUGGCCCCGAAUAAAAUGUUUAUUUUUCAAAACAAUGUUUAAGUUUUUUUCACAAAGUUUGAUCAUUGUUAGUACUGACAUGUUACGACAGCUCUAAUUGGCACAUUUACUGCUCAGUUUUUCUCCACCUGUCCACCUGUGUCUGAUUGAGGAUGCCUGUGGACACCAUGUCCUUUCGGUUUGAUGUUCCCAGGCUCUGCUUGUCAUGACUGACUGACUGAGUGACUCGGGGCUGGGGGGGGAAGUUAUCUGGUUACCAUGGUGACGGCCAUUUGCCCAGCCUCUAACCCCACUCGCUCACUCACUCAGCAGAGGACAGCUCGAGUGCAGCACACCCAUUUACUCUCUUAAAUCUCAUCAUCUCGCUUCAGUUCCUCCCACCCGGGAACAGAUUAAUUAACACACACACACUGUGUCCUGACCCCGUCUUCUCACACAAACUCAUUACCGCCUCAGACUCGCUCCCGGCCCUCCGACGUUUAGGAUACAUUGGUCUAACGUUGUGGGAGAACCCGGUGAUGACUCACAUCUGACAAGCAGAAUAAAGCCUUUAACAAAGGAUGAUAAUUGAAAGAUGGGAUUCAGACCGGUAGCCAUUGAUAAUGCAAAUGAAAAAGGCCGAGUCGCCUUAUUGAAUAUCUGGUGAGUUUUCAGAGCUCGCAGAUGUGAAAUCAUCUCUCGGACGUGAUCUUUUCUCUCUCUCUCUUUUUGAGGACUGUAAGUGUUGAUGAAUGCUUUCUGCUUAGUGAUGGACUCGGGGUGAGGAUGGUUGGGGGCGUUAAUGAGAUAGUUGACACUUUGGGGGUUAAUGAGGGGCUGGAGGGAGAGGGCUAAAUGAUUGGACUUCUGCUUGGAUGAGCUUUAUAGUGGCUGCUGGAGGAGAGCAAUGAAGGAGCUGUGGAUCUGCUGUAGCCAAUUAUUUAGCAUGAAAGACACAAAACUCCUCUGGAUGGUAUUUUUCUGCGAUAAUAAAGGGGAGAUUAGAUGCUUUAUCCAUUGUUCUUUUGUCUCGGUUAUCCUUGAGGGCUGGGUAGUUAUAGACGCCGAUGCGCCUCGAUGCUCCUAAAACAAAGUCAGCAGCGAAGGGGGAAGAAAGGAGGCGGACAGGACAGGGAUAGGAGAGGAGGAGAAUGAGUCCCCCCCACUCCUCCACUCCACAGAUCUCCCAUCAGCUCUUGUCAUCCCUCUAAUGAAUAUCAGUUAAAUUGCUCUGUGGAUCUGAGGAGUUUGGAUGUCAAUGUGAUUUGUGUGAGUGUGGCGGAUGGAGGGGCCCAGACUAAUGAAAGGCGAGCCCGGCCUGACAGAGUGAUGAGCAUCAAACCCAUCAGACCAAUCACACGAGAGAGGCUGACAGCACCGACAGUCAGACAGCUGAGGAGGAGAGGCUAUGUAUUUAGGAAACAAAAUGGCUGCCAAAACAGAGGUGGAUGUCUUUAGAGCUGGUUGAUAUAGAUCCGUCCUGUCUUUGUGCGCUUGUGCAGUUGUACAGCUGAGGCACGCAACCCCGGGAUGAUCUGCAGAUGAAUAAAUUUCACCAAGAUUUACAGCAGACGGCUCUUGUGCGUGGUGUUAAUCAGAGAGGGUCUUAAAAUCAACAGGUUAAAAUCGGUUUAACAUAAAUCUGAUGUUCCUCUUCGGGCUUGACAUCAUCAUUUGAUAAACAACCGUGUCGUUAGCAUCAAACGCUCUCCGUCUCCCUGAAGCCUCGCAUGCCAAGGAGAGAGAGACGAUGUUCAUUCACACAAAUUUGACGUAAUAUCUUCUGACAUCAGCCGGGGAGUCAUGGGUAGAGUUAAGUUAGCUUCACCUUUGACCUCUCACCCCUGUCGCUCAUGUGUGGGAGGAGUCACACACGUCUAUGAACAUCAGUUUGAAGGUCGCUGGCCUGUUUCUGUCUCUGCAAAGAGGAAAUACCCUUCUUAAUUUCUGCAGGACUACAGCAAGACCUACUAUGCUGAUGAGUCUUUCCAAAACAAAGGCCAGAAAAAUCCAGAACGUUUCAUGAAAAAUAUAAAAGUCAGGUUGUUACAUGAUGACAAAGCUGUGCGGAAAAGAAACCUCCCGAAAUGUGACUAACUUUCUACCAGUGGAAAAGCAGCCAAAAUGAAGUGUUUUGAUAUCAGAUCGUCACUUUACUAUUUUCAGGGCCAUAAAAUAUCAUCAUGACAAUAUUAUUGUUGAUAUUUCUUAGAAAUCUUGAAAGUAAAAGAACACAACCGUGCAAUACUGAGGAAAGACAAAACAAGGGUGGAGCAAACCUAACACAAUAAACUUACAGCCAGACCCAUUUUUAAUGACGUUCAGAUUUAUGAUUUAUCCACAUCAGUUUCCCUGAGACUGAAACUUCUUUAGAGGAGAUAUUACCUCAUAAAAAGAGUGAUUGUCAGACUUUUAUUUUGAUAUUUUUUCUGCCUUGCAUUUUGGUUGCUUAUUUCCUGCAUCAUUGAAUUAGGCUUUUAUUUUGAAGUUGAUCUUAUGUGACAUUAUUGAAUGAACAGUGUCUAAUCAUCUUAUCUCGGAGGGACGCUAAUGCUAGCUUACUGACAGCUCCUACUUCUUCUUCAUCUCUGCUGUUUUGUGAAUUGUGUCAACCAGCACAAAGGACCAAAACAGCUCAUGGUAUUACCAAAUGUUUAUUGCAGGAUAUGAAUAUUUUAUUCCUUUAAAAAGACAGUCAACAUCAAUACCGGUCUGUUGUGUCAACCUUCACUGAUAAAGUGGGAAAAAACAGCAUACUACUAAUACUUUGUAAGUAAUUGGGUCAUAGUAGGGAGCAGUAAUGGAUCUUUGCAUUGACUGCAACUCCUAAAAAUGCCAAGACAAAGAAGCAGCAGCAGCUGUUAGCUGGGCAUAGCAUUCCUCAAUCACUUUUAAAACUGACUUAUAUGACAUUUAUUGCAAAAAACCUAGAAACACCGUACAUAUCUUUGGGAUGAGCUAAUGCAAUUAACAUUUACAUUUUCUAACCUCUUUUCAGCAGUUUUUGUUAAAUUCUGCCAAAAAAAGUCUUCCAGAAGUAGCAUAUGUGUUAUUUCAAAAUAAAAGCAGGUAUAAACGGUACAGGAAAUAAAGCAAUCAUGUAAAAUAUCAAAAUGAGAGCAACAUAAACCAUUGCUCUAUGAGUAAAUAUGCUCAGUAGGUUUAUCUGUUGUGGGGCAGGUGAUGCAGAUAAAAAAAUGGACGAUAAUGUGUAAGUUGUUGGUAAAGGCUAUGAAAAAUUCAGAUAUGUUACAGCAGUGUGUAAAGUAAUCAUAGCUUGCAUUUCAAGUGUAAUUUAUGUGUUUUUCCAUGACUAUAAAGCUGUGUAAAAAGUAACACCCCGUGGCUAUAUCUAAUAUCAGUAUAAAAACAGCAGAAAUUAGGUGUUUCAGGUAGAGGUUGAACAGAGGAUUCGCAUGGACACUAGGAUGAAAUAAAUAAGAAGGUUUUGGAGCCAAUAAUCAUGCAAUACUGCUCUACAGGAGCCCCGGUUGACAGAAUAAAAGGUAAACAUUAAUAUAAUAGGCCUUCUUCAAAGAAGUUGACUGUAGUUUGAUUCCUGUAGAGUGCACAUAUAAGUAGGCCAAGAUGAACGUGCAAAUAUUUACAAGAGAGAAGAGGAAAAUAGAUGGAUAGAGGAAGAGACAGAUAGUUUAAGAUGGUCUGAUUUUUAAAUUUGCUUCACUCAUGGAUGCAGGUUUUCAUGCCGCUGUGUUGCAGAGCGCUGCGGCUGCCUGAGAUAGCUGUCAGAGGUAUUUUGGUGUGAUAUCUGACAGAUUUGCUAAAGACACUCGUCUCAGGGCUGUACUCUAUAUAUCGUUAGUUUAAUACACAAUGACAUGACCAAUUAUAGCGAGCUACAUGCUCAAAUAGCAUGUCAAAACCUGUGUAUCAAUCCAUUAGAUCCUGUCUCCCAUCACAUUAAGUGGUACCUUUAGCGAUCUGUUCGACAUGUAAAGGAAAAUGCUGACAGAAUGGAAAAUGUUCCCGAGCUGCUCACAGUGACGAUGUCUUUUUUGGAGAGGGAGGAUGUCACCCUCUUUCUCUCUCUCUCUCUCUUUGCUUCUUUGUCUCUUUCCCUCGCUCCCUCACUCAUCCUGGCC